AUGGAGUGCGGUAUUUGCUGGGAUGAGAUCGAGUCGAAGGAUGCAGCCGCCUUGACGUGUUGCCUGGAGGAUGACUCGUGGUGGUGGUGGCCGGCAGAGGGCUGUCCUCAGCUUCACAAGUCCUGCUUAUCCAGGUACCUCCUGAUCCAAGCAGAGUCUGGCUACUUCCCGGCCACCUGCCCCUUCUGCUUGCGGAAGCUCUCCGUGCUCGAGGUCUUCAACAACCUCCAGGUGUCGGACGCCUUGCUGUGGACCCGUCUCCAGGACCGCUGGCUGGAGCUCCGCGAGGGCCGCGAAAACCGCUCCCCGCGCGAGCGCGACCUCGCGGAGGCGGCGGCGAUGGCGGGGCUGGGCUGCCGGAGGUGCCCCAGCUGCGGCGCGUGGAUCGAGAAGCAGGAGGCGGGCUGGGUGACGGGCUGCGACAAGAUGACCUGCCGCUGCGGCGCCCAGUUCUGCUUCGCCUGCGGCUCUGUGAACGCCAUGUGCUCCUGCUCCCUGGGGCACGGGUUCUUGGACCGGGAGAUGGUGUUGGCCAACUACGAGGAGCUCGACCUCUUCGAGUUUUGGCCCUUCCAUGCAACUUCCACGGAGGAGCCGGGUGACGUCCACGCGGAGCCGGGCGACGGCCAAACGGGCGCGGCCCAAGAGGUCCCAGAGAUGUUGGAGGUUCCUUCCGCGCCCUCGGCGCCGGCGCCGGAGCCCUCGGCGCCGGAGCCGGCGCCGGAUCGAGGAGGCCAAGCCGUGAACACGCAGAGCACUGAGCGCAGCUUUGCGCCUCAGCGUCGCACGCAUAUGCUCCACCGGAGACUGAGAGCCGAGAGCAAGGCUCCGCUCCAGUCUUCGAAGCUGCACCUGCCCAAGGCCGGGGACGAGAGUGCGAGCUGA